AUGGGGAAACGUGGGAAUAAUAAUCAUCAAAAUAAUGACAAUCAAAAGAGAAAGAAAUUCAAAGUUUCUACUGGAUUUUUAGACCCUGGUACAUCUGGAAUAUACGCUUCGUGCACUAGACGUAAGGAACGUCUGGCUGCACAAGAACUAGGUCAAUUAUUAGAAGAAAAAAUGGAACAAUAUUAUAAAGAGGAAAUCGAAGAAUUACAUAGUAACUCGAAGGAUAAUACUACUGGAGAAACAAAAGAUCAUGAAGAUUCUAACAAAGAACAAAAAGUAGAAGAUUUGUCUAUUGAAGAACAAUUAAAAAAAGAAUUGGCCAAUAUGAGGAAGCCUCAACAGUCCAAGACUAAAGACGAAAAGAAAAAGGAUAUACUACAAUUGAUUGACUUGAACUGUGAAUGUAUGAUUUUUUUCAAGACGAGACGUCCAAUUGUUCCAGAAAAAUUUGUUAAAAGGAUAAUGGAGGACCUAAGUGACCCAAACGAUAAAUUGAAAAGGACUAGAUAUAUACAAAGAUUAACACCAAUUACCAAUUCAUGCAGUGCUUCUAUGGAACAAAUGAUUAAAUUAGCAAAUCAAAUAUUGGCGCCACAUUUCCACGAGCCAAACGGUAGACAUGAUUAUAAAUUUUCUAUAGAGUUGACAAGAAGAAAUUUUAACACUAUUGAAAGAAAUGAUAUCAUAAAUCAAAUUGUAGCUCUUGUGUGUCAAAAUGGGAAAUAUCAACAUCAAGUAGAUCUUAAAAAUUACGAGAAACUGAUAAUAGUGGAAUGCUUCAAGAAUAAUAUUGGAAUGUCUGUAGUUGGUGGCGAUUAUCUAAAGAAGUACAAGAAAUAUAAUAUUCAAAGUAUAUUUGAAGCCAAAUUUAAAGAUAACAAAAUAAACGAUGACAAGGAUAUAAACAAGACAAAAAAUUAG